CCUUUCUUUCCAUUUCCCUUUCGAUUUUCAAUCCCCAAACCCUAAUAUUCACAACGCCAUUCCUCAACUCAUAUUCACCCUCACUGUAAACACUGAGUUCUUUAUCAAUCCAUUCUUUUCUUGAUGAAAUAAUUCCUAAUAUUCUUGAUCUUUUUUGCUUUGUUAUGAUGAAUGUUGUUUACUGCUUCAGUUUUAUUGAAAUGAUGACAGUGUUGCAUUGAAAAAAAUUGAAUUAUAUUCAAUUGCUGGAAAAAAAAUUGUGGCCAUGAAAUUCAAGGUGGUUUCUUGUGUUGGUUUAUUUUGAUGGCUAGGUUUUGUGAGUUGGUAACAUUGACUGUGUAGUUUACAAGUCAAAGAAAUGGGAUAGGGUUUAUUUGUAUGUUUGAUUUGAGGUGCUGUAUUGUGCAAACGGUCUCUGACUGCGAAAACUGUCGCGACAAAACAGUAUCACCGUUUUUAUGUUUAAGAAUGAAUUAUGGUUAAUUCACGCCACGACGACCGCAUUCAGUGUCGCAACACCUGUUCCGACCGAAAUGUUACAUUUGUGUGACCGCGACCGAAAUGUUUCCUUUAGGCAACCGCGACCGUUUUUUAAAACCUUUGUGCUUGUGAAUUAUUGGUUCAUCAUCAAUGUAUGUAUUGUUCGAAUAAAAAAAUGUUACCAUGUUGCUGUCACAACAAUAGUGAGGGAUCAAGGUUUCCUGCUGUUGGGAUAUUCUGAUUUGGUGUUGUCAAUAUGUUGGUGAUAAUUUGUGCGAGAUCGAACGGUAUGGACUUUGUGAUCGGUAUUUUGGGUUUUCAGAAAAGUAGAAUCUUCCUAUUCGCAGCUGCGGGGGAAUCCAUGUUUUGGAAACUUCAAUCCUCAUAAUUGCUUUGACUGUGAUCGUUUUGCCCUCUGAGGAAAGGGAUGCUUUCCUGAACCCUGAGUAUAAAAAAUGAUUUCUACAGUUAAUGAGAAUUCUGCAGUUUAUAUUGCAAAAUGCGCGUGAUUUAUUAUGAAUGCAUGUGCAUGUUACAUCAACUAUUGAUUUAUUCAGUAAUGGUUUGGGAUUGUUUACUUUACCUUGUAAAUGAAUUGUGCUUACUUUAGAAGAGUCAAAUCCACUCUAAAUUGUGUUUGUUCGCUGGAAUUUUUAGUUCCUGAGUAAUUUGGCUUUUGGAAUUGAGAAAUAGACUUUGUAUUUACAAUUGUUAGUUUUGAAUGUGAAAUUUAGAGGCCGAAUAGUAUUCUUUCAUUUGGCCGCAUCCUACUGGUACACAGUUUAGUUCUAUAGUAUGGCCUAAAUGGUACUUCAUUUUCAAUUGCUUAACUAGAAGCUCUUUUGCAUGAGUGCCAGAUCUCCUAAAAACAUUAACUUUUAUGUCGUGGCCUUCGGAUGAUUGUAUAGUUUAUAUUCAUAUAGCAUGAGUGGAAAGCUUUCCCUCUAAUAGAGUAUUUUUUUCUACACAGGCUAGUAGUUUAGAAGGCAAUGCUAUAAGGCUCUCCAUAGAAGAUGGAAGAGAUCGGUUGUAGUUCAAAUGCCCACCAGAAUGACUCUUCACGGGGCUUGCAUGAUGCCAGCAAAAGUAAUUUGACUGAGAAAGAAGACUUUGUAAACCAUGCUGAGAUAGCAUGGAAUAAAAUGAGGAAAGAAUGGGUUGGUGAUCAGUCAAAGAAAUUACAUAGACCAUCUAAAGAUUCAACUAUAUGCCUGACAGCAAGUUCAGACGACAUGCUUUUCUCUAGAGAACCUUUCCAUCCGCCUAUACCAUUACCUGCGAUGGUAGGCUAUUUUGUUAAAAUUUGGGAAGAGCAAGGUCUUGUUGAAAAAGCUAACAGGUAAUAUUCUGCUGUAAAUUUCAGUAAGAAUCUUGGAUGAUUUUAUGUGCAAAGAAGCCAUUACAAGCACAUUGAUUUUAUGUGCAAAGAAGCCAUUACAAGCACAUUGCUGAGAGUGAGACAGACCCUUUAACAUGAGAUUGGUUGAAGUCAUUGAAUGAUAAUAUUGUUAUCGGUUCUGUUGGCAUCCAAAUAAGCUAGCUUAUUAGCAGUUUCUGCCUGCCACAAGGUCGAUUUUUUGGGUCGUUUGUGUCUGGCUAAACAUUAAUAUUUCAGUUACUUUUUUUAUUUUACAUUUUUGAACUUGAA